UGUCAGCAGUUUUGAAGUUGUUGCCUUGGAAACGCAAGCUGAAAGCGCGGAUACCAAGCAACCAGUUGACCCAUAAUACCGUUCGGCAUGAGUUUCGAGAACUCCUCCAAGUUGACCGGGGAAAAUUCCUUCCAACAAAUGUGGCAAUUUUCUUCAUGAUUCUCCAGAUGUAGGACAAUUUUGCGCUUCUGAUUCGACUUCUCUAGCUGUUCUUUUAUUUUGGGAUCACCAUGAGUCGACAAGCUCGCGUUACUUUUAGCUACAAGCCUGAGCAAGACGACGAACUCACGUUAGAAGUUGGAGACAUCAUCAAAAAUAUAGUAGAUGUGGAUGUUGGCUGGUGCGAGGGAGAACUAAACGGGAAAAAGGGAAUGUUUCCAAACAAUUUUGUCGAAAUGAUUCCUGCUAGUGAGGAAGUGGUCGCUCCACAACCCUCCACAACCUCGGCCUCUAGCACAGUUUCAGGAAAGAAGGCCAAAGUGACAUUUGACUAUGAAGCCCACGAUGAUGAUGAACUCACAUUACAUGUGGGUGAUGUGAUUGAUGUUAUAUGUGAAGUGGAAGAUGGUUGGUGGCGUGGCAAUUUAAAUGGCGUGAUUGGUCUCUUGCCGUCCAAUUUUGUGGAACUUAUUGAUGAAAAAGAUGUUGCCCAAGCCAAGGACAAAUAUGUUGAAAUACAAAAGGAAGUUGUACCACCAGAAAAAGAGGAGUCUGGGAGUGAGGACAGAGCUGGAACAGCAGAUGAUGAUGACACUGGACUGAACAAAAGACAUUCUAGCAUAGGGAAGACAAAAAACCUGUUUGGAGGCGGGAUGGGAUUUGGAAACCUGAUCAAUCCUAAUAUUCUCGCUGAGAAGAAGCUCAAGAAAGUCCACCAUGAUGAAAAGAAGGAUAAAUCUGAGGAAAAGAAUGUUCAUACUGAUGUAGGGAAGAGUGAAGAGACAGGAAAAACAAAAACACCUUUGAGUGCCAAGUCAAGACCAGCACCUCCUGUUCCAUCUAGUCCUCCAAUCGUUCAAGCAGGUGUGUAAAUGAAAGUUAUGUAACUAAUUUAUUGUCAACAAAUAGAGCCCGUGUUUUCACGAGAGAUGUUUACCUUG